AUGGUUAAUUACAGAUAUCGUCUCGAAAAAGUUCUAGAAAACAGCGUUCGCUACACGCUGGAGAAGUACAUUCCUGUACAUGAGAACGUUUCUUCUUUGUUGUGA